GAGUUUCGACGGUCGAAACAACAACGCAGAGAAAACUUUGCUAAUAAUUAGUAAAUAAUAACAAAUACAAUAUAUAAACCAUGAACAAACUAAAGUCAAGCCAACACCGUGACAAGGUGAAAAAAUUUAUCUCGCUUACACAAACUGGCGAACAGACAGCCAUCUUCUGCCUGCAACAGAAUGAUUGGAAAAUGGACCUGGCCAGCGACAACUAUUUUCAGAAUCCCGAAUACUAUUAUAGGGAGUUAGAUCGCAAAAGGAUCGAGCAGUUAUUUAUGCGCUAUCGUGAUCCAACUGAUGCCCUAAAGAUCAGCUCACAGGGCGUAAUAAAAUUUCUAGAGGACUUGGAACUGAGUCCAGACUCCAAGCUAGUACUCAUAAUUGCCUGGAAGUUUCACGCCGAAGUGCAAUGCGAAUUUUCGCGGGAUGAGUUCAUCAAUGGCAUGUGCGAAUUGGGCACAGACAGUAUAGAGAAGCUUAAGUCGAAAUUGCCUAUGCUGGAACAGGAAUUGAAUGAUGCGGGCAAAUUUAAAGAUUUCUACCACUUCACUUUUAACUAUGCGAAGGAUCCAGGCCAGAAGGGCAUUGAUUUGGACAUGGCCAUUGCGUAUUGGUGCAUUGUGCUCAGCGAUCGUUUCAAAUUCUUGGACAUUUGGUGCAAGUUCCUUGAAGAGAAACACAAGCGGGCGAUUUCAAGGGACACCUGGAACCUGCUGCUUGAUUUUGCCACCAACAUCGAUGAUCGGAUGAGCAACUAUGACUCAGAGGGUGCUUGGCCCGUGCUUAUUGACGAUUUUGUUGAAUGGUGUCAAGAAAAUAACCAUCUCGCCACAGAUCAGCCGCACCAUACGCAGCAAUCAACGUCCCAGAAGAACAUAUCUAGCGCUUACCAGACCUCGCAUAGUACAAACAUGAAUUAUGGCUAACGAUUGUUGCUUUAUAUAUAUAUAUAUUCUCAUUAA